GGCUACCCCUCUGCCGCCCCCCCACUAUCAGCACCCCGGCUAUUUCCACACAUAUGGAGGCGGAGUGCCGGCCGGAAGUGUGGCCGGUGGCAAGAAGAAGACGUGGAACUUCAUCCACGAGAAGAUGAGUUACGACACGUUCUUCACCAUGAAGAGGCUCAUCGAGCGCUCGCGGCGCCCUGACGAGGUGCUGCGCUGGGUCGCCCAGAACCCUGCCAAGAUCUCCCACAACCACUACCCCGUUGCCCUGCAGAAGAUCGGGCAGCUGCUGCAGGCCUCGCCCCCUGCGCGGGGAGGGGGGGGGGGCCCUGACACCGAGGCCCCCGACGGGCGUGAGAUCCUGGAGCACCAGGACUUCCACACGCUCUGCAACGCCAUCGUCAACGACUGCGCCAAGUUCGACAACUUCAGCAUCGUCAACUGUCUGUACGCUGUGGCCGCGCUCGGUCUACCCAGUGACUCUCAGGUGGUCCAGGUUUUGGAGGCGGAGUCUCAGUCCCGACUGAACCAGUUCAACCAGAAGGACGUGUCCAUGGUGUUCAGCUCCAGCAUGAAGCUGCACAUGGGCAGCCAGCACCCUCUGACGGAGGCCUGCCUGGCCGGCCUGGAGAAGAACCUGGAGAGAGAGCGACACCCACAGACGCUCUUCCUGCUGCUCUCAUACUACCGACUCAAGUGGCGCCUGCUGCAGCCGCAGGAGCCCGCCGCCGCUGCAGCGAGUGCCACCGAUCCUCCAAACCCCGAACAGCUGCUGGCCAACAGGAAGAUCUUGCGUCUGGUCAAACACACGCUGGCGAGCGUCAGCGGCGUCCGUGACCAGGAGAUGGCGCUGUUGGACGAGAUGUUGGCGGCGUGCGUUCGGGAGGCGAGCAACAAGAGUCUGGAGCUGAUCUUCAGCUCUCACCUGUUCUACCAGAACAGGCAGGAGAGGUUCAUCAGCAGCCUGGCAGAGGAGCUGCCUAAGAAGGUGGAGAGCAUCACGCCGUACACGAUGGCUCUGAUUGCUAAAUACGUCGCUCGCCAUCGGCUGAGAGACACCCGGCUGCUCGACACCAUCGCAGACUUUGUGGUGAAGAAGGCGGAGUACCUGGACAGUAAGGUGAUUCAGAAGCUGGUGUUCCCGUUCAGCAGGAUGAGCUACCGCCCCACCAACCAGCAGCAGUUCUUCUCCCGCUUGGAGGAGGUGGUGGAGCUGAAGGCCCUCAGCUCGCCGCUCGCCACCGUCAACAUCCUCAUGUCCCUGUUCCAGCUGGGACACUUCCCUGGCCCGGUGCUGCACCGCGUCUUCUCCUCUGCCUUCAUCAGCAACGUCACCAACAGUCCCUACGCAGUGAUUGUCCGACGCUACCUCUCCCUGCUGGACGCCGCGGUGGAGCUGGAGUACCGAGAGUACUCCGGGCCGCGGCUGCAGGAUGCCCACAAGGUCCUGAUGUUUGACCACGCCCUGACCGCCGACGAGGUCAACCGCAAAUACAGCUACAAAGGUCUGGUGGCUGAAGCUCUGCGGCAGCUGGUCGGAGAACAGAACUACAAACAGGAUGAAGUGUUGGCACCAGGAUACAAUACAGACUUCCUGCUGUGGAUGGACUCCUCUGGUCGGGUUCUACCAAUCCGAACCAGCCUCCUUCCUGAGUCCAAACCAGCUGACGAUGCGGUUACCGUGGUGACUGCAGAGUUCCAGAAGUUCUCCCCGUUUGUGGUGCUGCAAGAGGGUCCUGAUCAGCUGUGUCAGGUGGGCGGGGCCACGGAACCCAGGUCCUUCCUGCCCCACCGUGGCCCGGGGGAGCCCCCGAGGCCCGGCACCGGAGGAUCCCCAUACGAACCUUACUACGUCCCUACAGCAGACUUCUACUCCAGCCUGGCCAAGGAGCACUCUCUGGAGAGCCAGGACAGCUCCACCCUCAGCAGCCCCCCUUCUGACGAUCCCCCUGGGGGGGCCCAGGGACCGACCGGGGCCACGGCCCCCGACUCCCUCUUCCAGUUCUCCAUUGGGAAGAUCCUGGAGGAUGAGGCGGGGCGCGCAGGGGACCUGGGGGGCUUCUAUGAAGGAGGUCUGUAUCCUGAGGGCCAGGGAGCCGACAGAGGGACCCCCCCGCCCCGCCCCGACACCGACCCUCCCCCUAUGGACCAGAGACACAUCCGGAGGGUCAUCAUGUCCGUCAAUGACAAGUGGCACUACUGCCACAACUCCGAGGUUCUGGUGGGCUCGCGGGCCAUGAGGGACCGGCACCUGAGGCUGCUGGGAUACGUCAUCCUCCAGUUGCCGUACCCUGAGCUGGAGAAGCUGAACGGCAUCGAGGAGGUGAAGCAGUACCUGCACCAGAAGCUGCUAGACGUCCCGCUAUGACGCGGGCGCGAGUCCGAGGGCAGCGUCCUGUCCUUUGGUUCAGACUACAAACUGCUAGUUGAUCAGUGGACGAGGGAUGUGAAGAGACUGAAUCUCACCGACGAGUUUGUCUUCUGUACUUUUCUCUUCGGCCGAUGAUUUCCUUUACGUCGCAUUUUGUCUGAAGAAACGUCACUUUAACUAAAUGAGACACAAACACAGUUGGCAGAGAACUGGCGACAUAUCGGGGUCCGCAUAAGGGAGCGGCGAAUGUUUUAUAGUUUGGUAACGACUGAAGAUGCAUGUGCGGGGCUGUUUUUGGUGCAUCACGGUUUUCUAAAUCCAGACUGAGAAAGGGCUGAUGGGUACUGUAGUUCUGAUGGGGUGGGGUAAAUACUGUGGUAACAUGGGGAGUGUGCAAAAGGCUGGAGGUUUGUGCUAGUGAUGAAUGUCUGGGUCAAAGGUCAGAUUAUUUAUUGGGAUUUGAGGGGAAAGAAGCUUGUUUAUAUUCUAUAAAUUUAUUCAUUCUAACAUCUAUAAAAACCUGAAACCGUA